UAAAAUUUUGCUAGCAUCUCAUCAAUCUUUCCAAAAUCGAUCUUAGCCUACAACAUUACUCUCUCAUACUAGAUCUCUUUUGCACUAUGUCUUUCCGAGCUACUGCUGCGAAACUCAUCAGAUAUGUUGGCAGGGUAAAACUUGAGGAUCUCCCAGCUAGUUGGCAAUCGCCCGUCAACAAUGUGCUAGAAGCUAAAGAAACCGAGAACCCUAACGUCGCUCAAGCAAACAUAAAGGGAUCUCACCCUCAUAAGUCACACAAAGAUCCCUCCGAUCCAAAGGACGUGAUCUCUGUACAGUUAUUGGAUGCUGCUGGGUCCCGAAUCGAGUCUAUCCAUAUUCAUGAGGACGGAACUUCGAAGUCAAAAUAGGGAUGACAGCGGCACCCUAGGCCCUCAACGGUUCGACCCGCGAUUAUAAAAAGUCGUCGAUUACAGACACAAAGCAAAGAGUUCCAAAUGUUUGGUAUGUAAUACUAUCAGAGUAUUUUGAGGCUGGAGAUCUUCAUAGUUCCGCUAAGCAGCAAUUAAGCCUGUGCACUUG